AUGCUGUGCCACCAACACAUUCACUGCCACCUGUUCCUGCUGCAGCUCCUAGUGAUUCCCCUUCUCCUGCAAGGAUCCCCCGUCUCGAGUCCGGAAAUAGCAAGCCAGAAUUCCAAAUCGCCAAACAGCGUGCAACAGCAGCAGCAACAGGAGGCCCACCUGAAUUCGCUAAGUGCCUAUGCCAGUGGCUAUGACAUGGCCCAGAACCAGGCUCAGAAUCCGGCUCAAAACCAGAUUUUGUCAACCUCAGAUCCUUCGUUUAAGCCCUCGUAUAAAAUGCCCGAAAUGGAGACCAAUUUCACGCCCAUGCAAACGGCUGGAACACCGAGUGUAGCCAGUCUGCCCUCGACUCCCAUGCUGAUGCAAUAUCUCCCGGCCCAGACAAUCCAAGACGGUUCGGGGAAUACGGUCCAGUAUCUGCAGUUGAUACCCACCCGACCCAUUAUAGUGCCCAUUUCACCGUAUCUAUCGGCUGCUGCGGCCGCAGGAUCUCCGUCCAUCUCAGCCGGCGGACAGCCGGACUUUGGCGGACGGACAGCCGCUGUUUUGAGUGCGCUGCAGCCGCACUACGGGGCUCUCCAGGGAUACACCGCUGGCUCGAUCAAUCCCGCCGCCGCCUUUCGCAACAGCUAUCGGAUCAAUCGCGAGGCCAAGGACAAACACUUUCCGCCCUCUUUCUCCCUGAACCUCAACGAGUAUUUGCCGGCCUCCUCCAUGGGAUUAACUGGUGGCCACGACGCCAAUGGUCAACAUUUGUACCUGAGGGCCAGACCUUAA